AUGACAUUUAAGAUGGUAUGGCAGAUGCUACCAAUGGAAGAAAGUCAGCCCAAGAAGGUGAGUGGAGGAACAGGCAGCAGAGUCACAGAUCCAGUCCGGAAAUUCAGUAAAACCAUGAAAAAGCAAAAGGAUAGAGAGGGCAGAAAAAGGGAAAAAAGAGCUCGAGACUUCAUUACAAGACACGGGGAGCCGCGGAGGACGCGCAGUGCCGUCAAUCGCUUCAUUCAAGGCCCUCCCCCCCGUCCGCCGCCAUCCUCGCCCCCUCCCGCCACCCGCAGGGCGAGCGCGGCGCAGUUCCCGCGAGAGCCGCGGUAUCGCGAGAGCCGCACGGGACGGACGGGGGAGGAGGAGAGGAGAUCAGCAAAAUCUCGAAGCAGAAGUCCAUAUUCAUCAAGGCACUCAAGGUCUCGUAGCAGACACAGAUUGUCCAGAUCCAGAAGUCGUCAUUCAAGUAUUUCUCCUAGUACAUUGACUCUGAAGAGUAGCCUGGCUGCUGAGCUGAACAAAAACAAAAAAGCACGAGCUGCUGAGGCAGCCAAAGCCAGUGCCAAAGCUUCCAAUACUUCAACACCUACUAAGGGAAGCGCUGACACUGCUGUAAGUGCACCUCAAGUGAACAACGUAAAGGAUCUGAAGAAGAUCAAAACUGAGCACACGCCUUCUCCUACCAGCAGCGCGAGUCUGAAAAACGACAAGGCAAAAGCAAAGGUCUCGAUUCCUGAAACAAAAGGGGAAAAUAAUUUAAUUGCAGACAAAGUUACUAAACAGAAGCCUGCAGCAGUAAAAGAGAAUAAAUUAACUGUUGUAAAACAGCCACUGGUCACUGUAAGAGAGAAAAGCAAGCAGAGUGCACCAAGUGUAGUAGCCAAGGAAAAGGAUCGAAUCGUUGCACUACCAACCUCCACGCUGCCACCCUUGCCUUUGCCUCCCACGCUGCCUGAAGACAAAGAAACUGAUAGUUUGCGAGAGAAUAUUUCAGUGAAGUCAGUUAAAGAAACAGAGAAGAAACUUCGCCAUCUGCUCGCAGACUUGCCGCUUCCACCUGAGUUGCCUGGAGGAGCUGAGGUACCCAAAAGUCCUGAAGAAAAGAAACCAGCAGUUCAGUUACACAGCAAGAGAAGACCAAAAAUAUGUGGACCACGACAUGGUGAAACGAAAGAAAAAGAAAUAGACUGGGGAAAGCGCUGUGUGGAUAAAUUUGAUAUCAUUGGUAUUAUUGGUGAAGGCACUUAUGGCCAAGUUUACAAAGCCAGGGAUAAAGAUACAGGGGAAAUGGUGGCACUAAAGAAAGUACGCCUGGAUAAUGAAAAGGAAGGGUUUCCAAUUACAGCUAUUCGAGAGAUUAAGAUUCUUCGACAGCUUAAUCACCAAAGCAUUAUCAAUAUGAAGGAAAUAGUGACAGAUAAGGAAGAUGCUUUGGACUUCAAGAAGGACAAAGGUGCAUUUUACCUGGUAUUUGAAUAUAUGGACCAUGACUUGAUGGGACUGCUAGAAUCUGGUUUGGUUCAUUUUAAUGAAAAUCAUAUUAAAUCUUUUAUGAGACAGCUGAUGGAGGGCUUGGCGUAUUGCCACAAGAAGAACUUUUUGCACAGAGAUAUCAAAUGUUCAAAUAUUCUUCUAAAUAAUAGAGGGCAGAUAAAGCUUGCGGAUUUUGGGCUUGCUCGGCUGUACAACUCUGAAGAAAGCCGACCAUAUACCAACAAAGUUAUUACGUUAUGGUAUCGGCCCCCUGAACUUCUGCUUGGAGAAGAAAGAUACACACCAGCUAUCGAUGUUUGGAGCUGUGGCUGCAUCCUGGGUGAACUUUUUACAAAAAAGCCAAUAUUUCAAGCAAAUCAAGAACUUGCACAGCUGGAACUUAUAAGCCGAAUUUGCGGGAGUCCUUGUCCAGCAGUGUGGCCUGAUGUUAUAAAAUUAGCUUAUUUCAACACAAUGAAACCAAAGAAGCAGUAUCGUCGAAAACUGAGAGAAGAGUUUGCUUUCAUCCCACCAGCUGCAUUAGAUUUAUUCGAUUAUAUGCUUGCUCUGGAUCCCAGCAAACGCUGCACAGCUGAACAGGCUCUUCAGUGUGAAUUUCUGCGAGAUGUGGAACCAUCUAAAAUGCCUCCUCCAGACCUUCCUUUGUGGCAAGAUUGCCAUGAGCUGUGGAGUAAGAAACGCAGAAGACAGAAGCAGAUGGGCAUGACUGAUGACUCAACAGCAGCUAAAGUCCCUAGGAAGGAUCUAUCCCUAGGCAUGGAUGAGAGCAGAACCAACACCCCACAAGGCAUGCAAACUUCUUCCCAACUCAAAACUCAGGGCAACUCUAGUGUAGCACUUGCGAAAACAAGCACUGGACAGCAGUUAAACCAGAAUGAAGUGGCAAUCCUGCUAAACCUGCUACAGUCUAAAACAAGUGUUAGUUUGGCACAGUUUGCCCAAGUAUUGAAUAUUAAGGUAAACCCAGAGACUCAGCAGCAACUAAAUAAAAUAAAUCUUCCUGCUGGAAUUUUGUCAGCAGGUGAAAAACAGUCAGAACAGCAGCAGCAGCAGCAGCCGCCGCCGCCUCCGCCACCCCCGCCAGAGCAGGAGCCUCUAAAACAGCAGAUCGUCACCCAGCCUCCUGUGCCACCUGCGCAGCUGGGCCAACCUAAAGUUGAGACUGAUGCUGCCCAGGCAGCUGUGCAGAGUGCAUUUGCUGUUCUGUUGUCUCAGUUAAUAAAGGCUCAGCAAACAAAACAAAAAGAUUUUGUGUUGGAGGAGAAGGAAAACGGAUCAGGAAAUGAAAUGUCAUUACAACUCAGGCAGCCUCCAGAGCCCUCCACUCCUGCAUCUGUCAGCCGGGACGACGUGGAAUCUCCAGCACCUGGCUACCCACAUCUGAUCAAAUCAUUAUAUAUGUCUGCAGGUCAAGAGGAUUUGGUUAGGCAGUCUGAGAUGAGGCUUCUAAACCGAACCCCCGAACAGGAGCGCCCUCGGAUCCUGCCUCCAGAUCAGCGUCCCCCCGAGCCACCAGAGCCUCCGCCUCUCACUGAUGAAGACCUUGAUUAUCGGACAGAGAAUCAGCAUUUGCCUAUAACUAACUCUUCAGGAACAGAUCCUCAUGCAGGAGUGAAAGCAGCUCUUCUGCAGCUGCUUGCUCAGCAUCAAGCUCAGGCGACAACAGAGGAGCCAGUACAAACGAGUGUGGAUUAUCAGGCUAGAGACUCCUAUGUUACAGGCCCAGACUACAAGGAUAACUUUGGAUCAUCGUCUUUUUCAUCUGCCUGUUACAGCAGUAGCGAUGGAAUAGGAAGUGGAUCAUCAGGAGUAUUAGAAAGGAGGAGUUUCCUUGGAAACUCAGAUAUUCAGUCUUUGGAUAACUACAGUACUGCUUCAUCUCACUCUGGUGCUGCCCCUCCUCCAUCAGCCUUUUCAGAAUCCUUUCCCAGCUCAGUAACUGGUUAUGGAGACAUUUACCUCAACACUGGCCCCAUGCUAUUUAGUGGAGAUAAAGACCAUAGGUUUGAAUACAGCCACGGCCCAAUCCCAGUUUUGGGGAGCAGCAGUGAUGCCUCCACAGGGCCAGAGAGUACGCACUCUUUGCCCUCAAAGAUGCACAACUAUAGCUAUGGAAGUAAUUUGCAGGAAAACCCCAGUGGCAUCAGCCACAUGCAUGGACAGACUUGGACUUCUCCUGCCCAAGGACCUGGCUAUUCUCAAGGAUACAGGGGACACAUUAGCACAUCUGCAGUGAGAGGGCGAGGCAGAGGAUUACCAUAUUGAGUAUCUGUUUUUCCUCAGGCACACCAUUUUUAUCUGGAAAAACUUUUUUUUCCCCCCCCUUUAGCUGCAGUUUAAAGCAGCAAUUCAACAGACUUGAAUAAUGUUAAUUCAACAGCUUUAUUUUUAUGUGGAAAAGGGUCUUGCAUACAGUAGGAAAAAUUAAAAAAUGCUUACAACUCAUGCUGUCUGAAAACUAGAUAAAUUGAUUGUACAUGUUCACAAACUCUAGUUCUGAAUUUUAUUUUGUAUUUUGGCAGUUUUAAGUGGAUGCUAAAUUUAGGGACAUCAGCUUUUUAUGGCACUCUUUCAGAUCUUCUGAACUAUGCACAUUUGUGCUUUUUUUGUAAGUUUGGACCAACUUUUAUGUAAAAAAAGAGGAAAUUUUACAACAAUCAAAGCAGGGCACUGAUUUAUUUGGUAUUUUUCUUUUUACAGAACUACCUUUAGUCAAAGGUCACUGUCAGUCUUUGCACUGCUUUCAGUGUUAUUGUGGAAGGUGUACUUUGUGCUCAUUUCAGAUAAUAAAACACAACCUUUCUCUCGAUGCAAAAUUUUAUAAAUAUUUGGUCAAUGUUUUUUUUUUUUCUUUCAAGAAAAAAAAAGAAUGGAUGUUCUGGUAAAAUGUCCAUCUCCCAGGCUUGUUUAUAUAAAAACUGUUUUACUUGAAUGGUAAGUGCCUUAACAUGUAAGCUUAAGGUCUGCAAAAAUUUGGAAGUACUUUAUAGAUCAGUAUGAACAUAAUGCCUAAACCUAGGUAGUUAACAAGAGAAUUCAGAUAAUAAUAAGAAACUCAAAUAGGUCAUAACCUUGUGCUGUUUACUUUACAUGGGCCAGUUACUUAGAGACCUGAUCUUACCUUGGUGAAAUCGUAAUUUCCAAAUUGAACUUCAUGAGAAACAUAAAAAGUGAGGAGAAGAAUGAAGAGUGUAGUUUUUCCUCAGCUCCCUCUUGGAGUUGUUAUAAGUGUUUUAGUUCCUCUGCCAAAUAAACUCUACUUCAUAUGUCCUUACCAAGUGAUAAAAUAGUUUUUUCUCUUAAAUGUCAAUAGCAGUAAUUACUUUACUUUGUGUGAAAAGCUGACAUUCUUGUCUUUUUACCACAAGUACGUCAUUGUAGAAAGUAACCAAAGGAAAAAUGACCAGUAUUUAAAGCAACAGCAAAACGUUUGACAUUAGUUCUAAUUCUCUGUAAACUUGUAAUUGUGCCAAUUAAUUGAUUUUUAUAUCUGCUAUUCCACGGAACAUUUUAAUAUUGGAAUUGAGUCUCUCUGAACAACUGAUAAAAUUAUUAUAGUUAAAACUCUUAUCAAGAGCCACUCCUCAUACUAAUUACAACUUCCAGCAUGUUUUUUUCCUUCCUUUGACAAGUGGUCUCUCUCCUGCAGAGAGGAGGUAUGGUUAUAUUUUGCCUGUACGUAAAAGAAUGUUUUGAAGCCCAUAUUGGAAACAAUUUUCCAACUGAUUAUCCAGUUGACAAAUCGGUACCUUAUGUAACUGAGUGUUUAAAUAUUACUUUUUAAAAAAAAGUAAAAUUUCUACUUACACUAUUACAAACGUAGUCUUGUCAGUGACUUUUUGGAUUUUCAGAGUAGAAGCCAAAGCUGUUGGUGUUUUGUCUUGAUUGAAAAUCCUGGUUCCUAUAUGGCUAAAUCCCACCCUGUGGAGCGUGGAGAAACUCACUUCGCUAACUACGUAGUGUUUGAGGAUCUGGCAAAUGGGGAUCAGAGAGAGCGUCCUGCUACCUACAGUGUCCCUACAAGUCUGGCAGUUGCCUUCACUAGACACAGUAAAAAAAAUCCUGGGAUCUGAAAAUAUAAGUGGCCAGGUCGGAAACAAAUACUUAUGACCUGAAUAGCCUGUGCUUAAGAAAAGCAAAAGUUUCACGUGAAUGACAGUGCAUUGGAUAGUUUUCCUUGAGUAAGGACACCCUCGUAGCAUUUUUCUGCUAGUGAAAUUAUAAAGACAAAAAUCAUUAGUGUAGUUUAGAUAUGGACAGUGUCAGCUAAGGCUCUUUGUUUACUAAUCUUUAAAAAACCCAGUCCCACAGAGAUACACAGCUUGCUGCCUUUUUUUUUUUUUUUCAGAAUCAAGCAAAGGCCUUUCAAAGCUUUUAGGCAGUUACUUACCCUGAAAGUGUGCACUCUGGGGUUACUCACCUGCAGUGUGACUGCAGGUGAUAGUUGGCCUGAAGUGCAGGUAAGUUCAAAUGGAAAACAGAUCUCAGAAGACUAAAUGAAUUGCCUUCCAAUUAAAAAAUGCAAGGAAGAUGUUUCCUUGCAGUCUCCUACUGCUUCCCUUUUGGAGGUAAUUUUUUAACUCGUUUAGUUCACCUCAUUUAGUGCAGAGAAGUGAGUAACACACUGCCUGUGUAAAAUGACAGUGCAGUUUCCUUAUGGGCUGGCAAUACUCUGAUACAUUGUUCCACCAAAAUGGAUUUCAGUCUUUGGCCAUGAGAAACAUGGCCUGAGCACAAGCAAUCCUGACUAUGAGGAGAGAGAUGAUGAUGCAAUAGACACUUCACUGCCAGAUGAAUCAGAAACAGAACUCUAGCACACUGUGGCAGAUGGGUACUGUACAAUGACUUUUCCCCAGUUUAAUGAUGAUUAGCUUGUGACUUUUGAACACUGCAUUUGCCUGGGACAACAGUGUUGGGAUAAUUUGGAGGGAAAGUUAAUGUAUUUCCACAUGUGAUAAUUCUGAAGAGAUUACAGUCUCUGCGACCCAGGGGAUCUUCCUGGCUCUUUUGCUGGCAGCCUUUCCUCCUGGGCCGGUGGAGGCUACGCGUGAGCUGCACGUGGCUGAGGAGCUCUGCCCUGCUUCUCCAGGGCAGCCUUCAGGAGGUGUGGCGGGAGGAUUGCUCCUGCAGCUGCGCUCCCCUGGCCCCGGAGUUGUCUAGGCAGGUUAGCAGCCAGUGAACUGGCGGGAUUUAAUGACUGUAGGUCCACAAUCAUUUGCACCCAACCCGUGUAUUACCUGUCAGCGUUUCUUUUGAAUUAAAACACAUGAUGAGGAGCUUUUGACAGAAUUUUACCUUUUUAGCAAACUCCACUCAGCAGAGAGAGUCUGUGCUAGUUUGGCAAUUUCCAUCAUGUGGCCCUGGCAUUUUUGAUGCAAUAGUAGACGUUCUGAAAACUGCGUUAUUUUUCUGUGGAGGUGUGGCUUUUUUUACGUCCCUCCCCAUUCCUUUGGGGUUAUAUUUUCUGUGCUGCAAUUCUGUGCUACAGAGACCUGGACACUACAUCGAAAAGUAAGUGUUGUGUGUUUGUAUUUCUAAAUAAACAUAGUGAAAUACUGUAAUAAUGGACUAUCAAGUAGGAAGUACUUCAUUAUUUAUAUUAAGUGGUCUUUAGCCAUACCAAGAGGAAGAAAGCGAGCACAACUGGACUGCUAUGACCAUGACUUAAAACACUUAGACUAUUAUAAUUCUUAAACUCAGCCAAAGGAAAAGGAAACAGCUUUUAUGGAUUGCUAGUUGUUAUGCUGAACAGAAGGAGCAGUGUUAGGGAAAAGGUGUAAAAAUACAUGUAUCCUUUAAUAUAAUUUCUUGGGAAAAUAAUUUUUAAAUGGCAAACCUUUAUAUUUUCUUAUGUUUCCAUAAGAUGUGGUAUAUGUUAAAUUUUCUCCAUCCCACAGUACUGUAAGGUGCUUUCUAGAAGCAAAGGCAAUAAGUGCUGUGUUGUAAGUUCUUACAGUUCUGAGUGCUCUUCUCCUUUUGCUUGUUGCAGGAGGCAGUUUCAGUUUUGGUUAAGUUUACAGUUGGAAGAGUUUAAUAGAUAAUUGUGUGGUAAAAACUAAAGUACUGAAGUAACACAGGAUACCUCUUGUCUGCAGGCAGAUUAGAUCUUGGACCAUGUUUCCAAGAGAGGAAAAUCUCACAUGUACUUCCUGAUUUCUUCUUUUCAUUACUAAAACACGCAAGUGUUUUACAUACAACAUUUCUCCCCAGUCUAUUCUGUUACUGUGUUUUUUACAUGAGAAAAUUUUAGCUAUUUCUUGAUAGUUUUGGGAUGUUCUACAUUUGCAGAAGUGUGUCACGAAAUUAAGGAAUUGCCAGAAAAUUGUUUUGAAUUUGUAUUUAAAAAUGGAAUGACCUUGGGUUGACUUAAAAUUGAAUUAACGUGCUUAUCAGGGUGAAGAAUACUUUAUUGCAGGAGUUAUUUCAAGACAACCUAAUUUAAAACAAAUUGUUAUGCUUCAGCUUGCUUACUCUUUGUUAUUUUAAGCCAUUUGUAUAUAAAAUGUAUUGUGUGGCCUGUAAAUAAAAUACACGAAAACUUGAA